UGAGCGAACGUCAGGGAGAGAGGUUGUGUUGUGCGUUUGUGCGGGGAAAUCGUCACACCCUCCUCCUCAGGGUCAUAUAUUUUUCCCAAUUGGGGAUUUCCAGUGUCUCAACCCUUAACCAGUGAGUGAGCGAUCCUCUCAGAAAUUCAAACCAGGCGGAAAAUCGAUAUAGAAGUGAUUUUUUUUCCAUCAUUUUCGUGUUUCUUUACACAAAAACAUCGGAUGUUCGUCCAGCAAUUCGUACGUUUCAAAGCGUGUUUCAAGGCAAUCUGAAAUUUCCUGUGCUUCAUAAUUCCCCUCAUUUCCCCCCCGUCAACAUGUAUUUAAAAAGGUGAAAUAGAUAAGUGUGGCGUAAAUAUAUACGUGUUUUUCCGUAAAAUUCGUGGCUGUUUCGAUGUCCGAAAGCAUGCAUCUGCAGGGAACUUUUUACAUCUUGAAUAAACGUUGCAAAGUUACGCUUACGGACGAAGGCAUCAGCUGGGAACCCGAGGGAACUCCUGAUU